GUCAAAAUAUUAUGACAUGUGUUGUGUUUUAUCGUAUAUUCUUAAUUUUACUUGUAUUAUGAACAACUGAAAAAAGCCAAUUACUUUUGACAACUACUUCUCGAUAUAUAGAUAAAAGAUUUUCGAAGCGUCUAGAGUCAAUUUCAAUUAAAAAUCAAAGGUGUGUCAAAUGGAGGGGAAACGUCCAUUCGAGUCGAGUUUCGUAACCGAUACGGGAUCGAAUGCUCGCAUACAAACACUCCUGAUGAUCGAAGCGGGAAGACAAAAAUACACACGAGUCGAAGAUCCGAUUGCGUGUACGCACGCGAUAUGUAUACAUACGUCUACGACGUUUCGAAGGCUGGCUGUCAAGAACGCGUAGCGCGAGAGGGCAACGGCCGGGCAUCGUACUCUCAGGGGUUCCGGCGAACGCGACGAGAAGUACGAAGGCUAAAAGGUGACGGAGAAGAACGCAUACGAUGAUCAGCCGAGCUGUCCACGAUCGUAUAUACCGGUUUGGCCACGCGAAUGCGGACCAUUACGUCCGAGCGGAUAAACCGGCUACGUCAGACGACAUAGGUUCUCGCCGGUGCGGCUAGGACGGUGCCCGAGGCGUCCUCCGCCGCACAUUUUUCAGUUAUCACUCGAGAGAGUCGAUCGCGGCCGCACGAGGAUCAUCAUCAUGCUCGGUCACCUCGUUAUCGCGGUCUGUUGCAUUACCGCUGUAAUGCCCGUGCCAGCCAGGGUUUAUGAUCAGCGGCAAACCGGCGACCUGAACGUGCAGAUAGAGCUGAAGGACCUGCAAGUCGUUGCGCUGCUCGAUUCCGAGCUUUUGGAGGAUUAUACGGAUUACGAUUACUUCUACGACUACGCCGACUUCACUAUCAAACCAAGUAACCGACCUACCACGAGCACCACGACAAAGACCACCGAGAAAAACGACACUGCGGAAGUUACCGAACCGUCCAUCAUUCCGUCUUCAUUUAUCUCAACGCUUAUCGAUAUUGUAAAUUCGACUGAACUUAAUGCGACGUCAUUGAACGACAAGGAAACUCCGAACGCUGAUCCAUCGAACGGUACCGUGAACUCGACGUCGAAUGCAGGUAGCGAUGAAAGUCAGUCGAGCGAAGAGGAUGGUGAGUCUGGAACAGUUGUUAUCGCCCCAUCGACCACGGUGAAACCCGUACAUGCCCUGCGGUCGCAAAAACGUUGUAAAUCCGGAUACAUUCCGAAUGGCCGCGGUCGUUGUCGACGUGCGAGCCGACGGCGGUUGUCGUUGUUGCCGCUGUAAAUACGAAUUGUAACAACCGAGUUCCUUCGACCGAAUGGAUGACUUUUUUUCCAUACGCCGUUUGCCGUAAAUUUUAAGUAAAACUGGUACUUAAAUGGUCGCAUCAAUGAAAAUUGAAUUGCAUAGCGAGAAUCUGGAGACAAGUGUCCUUCAAGCCAUGUCAGAAAUGUGCCAUAUCAAGCUUACAUUAUGCAGUAAAGUAAAUUGUAUACCUGUACUAUUGUACAAAUCAAUAAUUUCGUAUGCAGUAAUUAUUUCCGACAUAAAUUUCCUUUUAUCACGGUCCUGAAUUUCGACAAAGGUCGCAAUUCGAAAGUAUGACGGAAGAACUUCCGUUCUUAAAAUGUAAUACGUAAUUAAAAACGUACUUACAAUUAACGUUGAUUAUAUCCUUGCUUAUAUCUAAUUUUAAGACAUAUCUUUUGGCAAAGGUUUUUAACGUUAAGUUUGCUAAUAAAUAUUUUGAUAUACUCAUAAAGCGAGUUUUGAUUUCAGCAGCAAGAAUAUCCUGAAAAUAGAAAUCCAUCAUUA